AUGCAUUACUACGACAACGAAAUUUUUGUACGUGUUAAUAUUCAACAACUUUUCCCAGGUGUUAACUUUUGUUAUUAUGAUUCAGAUAUCAUCUAUGGAACAUUUUUUGUAUACAGUAGACUUUUAAUCAAUAGUUUAAUACCAACAUUUUCUAUGAGUGUAUCUGCUAUACUUACAUUGAAAAAUAUUAAUCAAUUACGUAUAAAUCCAACAAUAAGAAUAAAUAAUCAGCUAUCAAAAGAUCGUCAAUUAACUGUUAUGCUUGUUAGUGAAAUCAUUAUUUAUGUUCUAUUUAAUUUUAUGACACCAAUUACACUUAUUUACUUUCAAAGUACUCAAUAUCAAAUGCAAACUAUUCAACAACAAGCACUCAAUAAUUUUCUAAUUGGCGCUUCAUUCUUUUUGUCUUAUAUACCAGUUUCAAUCAAUUUAAUAGUAUCAAAAUCAUUUCGUCAAAAUAUUAUUAAAAUGUUCUCCAAAAUAUGUGGCUUAUGCUCUGUUCAGUAUAAUAGACGGCGAAUGAUUAUGCCGGCUGUAAUAGUACAUCCUUCAUUUAUACAUUAA